UAGCAUUUUCUGAAACAUUAUAAUCAUAAACUGUUAGUAGAUCGUAUUCAUUAAACUGUAUAAUAAAAUAGAAAGCUUAACGCACACAUAAAAACUUAAACGCUUUAGCAUUUUGGCAAUGGUUCAACCACAUGAGGCAUACCUUUCAGUUGAUCGCAAAUUUCUCUUGAGAUGCCUUUUGAUAACAAGUGAGCAAUAAGGUCUUCAGUGAACAUUGCUACUAAACACACAGCCAUACUUGUGAUGAAAUUAUAUUUAAAAAACGGAGUAAAUGUUGUGAGUAAUCUUCUUGGAACGUCGAACGGGCAAGAUAUCAGUCAAAUUUUUACAAGCAGGUCUAAAUUUCCCGCAUCACACCAUAGGGAAUUCCUAUUGGCAGACUUACGGUCACGUGUUACUUUAAAUAACAUAUAUGGUAUUCCCAGUGGUAACAUUACCGUGAGAGAAUAGAAUGGCUCCCAGGCCUUUUGCAAAUGCUCCAAUUUUUCGGCGAAUAUCGAUUGAAAACAUACUGGGAAAUAAACUAAGUAUUAAAAGGCAGUAAGGCACAAGGCGAAAUAAUGUGUUUUUAGUAUAUACAAAUGGCCGAGUCAACUGAAUUUCGCUGCGAUUACUGUAAUUUUGUAUGUUGCAGCGGACAAAGUAAGCUUUUUUUUAUCACUUGGUUAGAAUACACUCAAACGAGCCGAAUUUCAAGAUAUUUUGUAACAGCUGUCCACGGUCGUUUACAAAGAUAAACAGUCUCCAAAAACAUUAUUACAGACAGCAUGAGGCUUUAACAGUGGAAGAAGACUUAAAUGAUGGGGAAAAUGAGAACCAUUUUCAGGAGAUGUUUGACGAGGGAGAAGCACGAAGUCUAAUGCAACGCCAUGCUGCCAAAUUCCUUUUAUGUUCCAAAACAAGAGGUAUGCUCACCCAGAGUGCCGUGGACUUGGUCAAAGAUUCAGCGAAAAAUCUACUAACUGAGUAUUUGGACAUAGUCAAAAAAUCGCUUGUCGAAAAGAUAAACAGUAAUCCUGGUCAAGAAUUGCAAUUUGACCAAGAUGUGGAAAAGUUAUUUUCAGCAGAGAGUGUCUUCGACGGAGUUGAUUCAGAAUACCAACAAAGAUCAUAUUUUAAGCGUCAUUUCAAUUUGGUGGUAAGUUACCAACCUACCAAACCUGAACCAGCUGCCAGCUUUGUCAGCUUGCUUUAUAUUUUUUUAACUGAUUUGCAGGAACCAAUAGAAGUUGAGAUGGGAAAACAGUGGAGAAGUGAUUUUCGACAAGGGAGAAAAAUACUUAAACGUGUCACAGUUUUUGGUUAUCAAGUUCCAUUAUUAAAGACUUUGGAGGCACUUCUUCAAAACCCAGAUGUUUUAAAGGAAGUUGAAAAUCCACAUUUUUCAUGUGAUGGUGUUCUUCGAGAUGUAAUGGAUGGGGAUUUUUUCAAGAGUCAUCCAGUAUUCUCCCUCCACAGUGAUGCCCUGCAGCUGUUGGGCUAUUAUGAUGAUCUAGAAAUAGCCAAUCCUUUAGGUUCAAAAGCAAAGAUUCAUAAAAUUGGUGUCUUUUACUUUGUGCUGGGCAAUAUAAGGCCAAUGUUUAGAUCAAGCAUCCGCAGUAUACAACUUAUAGCUAUUGCUAAAACAAAAGACAUCAAGUCAUUUGGGAUCGAUAAUCUUUUGAUGCCAUUCAUUGAGGAUGUCAAUUGUUUGGCGAAGGCUAAUGGUCACUGUUUUACCAUAAAUGGUGUUGCCCGUGUGUUUUGAGGUGAUCUGUUAUUGUGGACUGGAGAUACACUUGGUAG